GAGCUGGGGAGUUGCAACAUUACAUGUGUGCAGAGGAGGAAAUAGGAGCUGCAGUGUGAAGAGCGUGAAGGAGGCCCAGUGUGUGGACACACGUGACGAGGAGCAGGAGUGACGCAGAGGCGGUGUUCCCAGAGCAGGACAAGGGGUCAGAGAUGAGUGCGGCAACGCAUAGCGCCCACACUAGCGUGACCCAGGUUUAGAGACAGCCAGGCAGCGAUCGCUUCCACAGAGGCCUACUACGCACAGUCAGCUGCUGAGCGGGCGAGACUACAGUGACCAAGGGAUACUGUGUGUCAGGGAUCGCGACAUCCAGCUGGAGCUGGCAACUCGGGAAGUAUACAAAGAAUGAGGAAGUGGAAAAUCAUUUAUUGGAUUGCAGUGUGGGCGAUCUGCUUCGAUUUGACGACUACAAUAUGGAUGGCUACCUUACUCUACCGGAACUGUACACUGCAUUCCACGUUGUCGAGCUCACUCUUGAUCAGGAUAAGGAAGUCAGUAUGACAACUGUAACUGUAGGACUAAGUACUGUGCUAACAUGUGCAAUUCAUGGAACGCUACAUCCUCCCAUUAUCUGGAAGCGAAAUGGAGUCAUAUUAAACUUCUUAGAUUUGGAAGAUAUAAAUGAUUUUGGAGAAGAUAAUUCCUUAUACAUCACCAAGGUAACAACCAUUCAUAUGGGCAAUUACACAUGCCAUGCUUAUGGCUACGAUGACCUCUACCAGACACACAUCCUUCAGGUGAAUGUUCCUCCUGUAAUUAGAGUCUAUCCUGAGACCCAAGCUCAGGAACCUGGAGUGUCUGCAAGUUUGAAGUGUCAUGCUGAGGGUAUCCCUAAUCCCAAAAUAACAUGGCUGAAAAAUGGUAUUGAUGUAAUGCCAAAGGUAUCAAAACAACUAACAUUAAUAGCCAAUGGGAGUGAACUUCAUAUUUCUAGUGUCCGCUAUGAAGACACUGGAGCCUAUACAUGCAUUGCAAAGAAUGAAGUUGGGGUGGAUGAAGACAUAUCCUCUCUCUUCAUUGAAGAUUCUGCCAGAAAAACCCUUGCAAACAUUCUAUGGAGAGAAGAAGGUUUGAGCGUGGGGAACAUGUUUUAUGUCUUUUCUGAUGAUGGAAUCACAAUAAUUCAGCCACGAGAAUGUGAGAUACGAAGACAGAUCAAGCCCAGUGAGAGGAUCCUUACAAGCUAUGAGGAGAUGUGUGAAAGACUUGAAGGAAAUCCAGACCAAAUGUGCUCAUGGUCUUCAGCAAUCAAUGUGAGGGAGAAAUACAUUUAUGUCUCACAGCCAACACAGAACAGGGUUUUAAUCAUUGAUAUCCAGAUGCAAAAAGUUAAACAGACGGUAGAUGUCGAUCCUUAUCCAUCCAAAUUAUUUUAUGACAAAUCACAUGAUCAAGUUUGGAUCCUGAGCUGGGGAGACAUAAAUAAAUCACAUCCAACAUUACAGGUCAUAUCAGAAGCAAGUACCGGAGAAAGUCAGCAUAUUAUUGGCACAGCCUUUGAGGAAGUGGAUGAUUUGUUCAUUCCGCCAACCAAUCUUAUUAUCAACCACAUUCGAUUUGGCUUCAUUUUCAACAAAUCCACACCUGCAAUUCAUAAAAUUGACCUUGAAACUGUGACGCACAUUAAGACCAUCAGUUUCAAAAACUCUAGCUGUAUCCCGAAGAACCUGGCUUAUUCUCAUCUUGGCGGCUAUUAUUUUGUGCAGUGUAAACAUAACAAAUCUUUAACUGCAUUGCCUCAGGUAAUAAUUGAUAGCGUUACAGACAUCGUCAUUGGCUCUAAUGGGGAUAUAACUGGGACACCCUACAUUUCCUCAGAUGGACGUUAUUUGGUCAGCACAGAUGAAAUAAAUGGACGGAUCACAGUCCAAACAAUCACUUUCCAAGGUGAAAUUAAAUUGAUCUACGACCUACUAACAGACUUACACAUUUCUGAUGUGACUUUUCAAACAUCGUUCACAGAGGGCAAUCAGUAUUAUAUCUAUGCUGCAUCACAUCUACAAUCGGAUGUUCUGUUUGUAGAAUUGUCCUCAGGAAGGGUGGACAUGCUGAAGAAUCUUAAAGACCCAAUAGCACAAAAAGACUGGCCCUGGAAUGAAAAAAAUAGAAUAAUAAAAGACAGUGGCUUAUUCGGACAAUAUGUUAUAACACCUGCUAAGGAUUCUCUGUUUGUAAUCAAUGGGAGGCAAAGUGUUCUACAUUGUGAGGUCUCAGGAAUCAGACGGGGCAACACAGUGGUUUGGGUAGGCGAAGUAUGAAAUAGAAAAAAAAAUGUAGCCUCCACAAAAUGACUAGCAAUCGGACCUUUAUGCUGUAUAUGAGAUCAGCUAUCUUGUAUAUUUUUACACUGAAGAAAAAUCCUGUAUGAGCUUCAUGGUACAACACUGGUGUACAGCUUGCAAGUUUUAUAGUAACUUCUAAUUGCAGGAUUUUUUUAAAUUAUUUUAAAGUCUUUAUUUUGCCUUCAGUUUUUUCAAAUAAACAAAAAUAAACUAUACCACAUACAUUAUACAAAUAUCUUAAAUACUGAUUUCACACUCAUUGUAGGAUUUUUCUGUAGAACAGGUCGUUACUGUACAUUUGUGUUCAUUGAUUUUAGUCUAGCUGAAUCCAUACCCAUAACCUAUGUGAAGUACAGCAUUAUAUGCAAAGAGCUAAUGUUUAUUUCAGUAUUAUAAUUGUAGAAUACAGUGACACCUGUGUAUAGGAUUUAUUAGAGAGUUCUUUAAAGGAGGAGCAGCAGCUACAUGUUAGACAAAUCAAUACUUUAUCACUGUACUGUUUAUCAAUAAUGUACAUUAAUUAGACAAUGCUUACAACCAUUUUUUCUUUGGUGGUAACGUGGCAGGGAAACUCUGACCUUGGAGUAGCCACGUUAUGAGAAACAGGAGAGUGACAUUUCUCCCUGUCUGGGUUUUUGUACGGUUUUGUGUCUUUAUCACAUUCCUUGCUUGACUUGUUAUGUAUUAGAAUGGAGAUAGUCAAUGUACAUGAGCAUUGUGGUAGAGUGGCACAUUUGGUGCAGUGCAGUACAUCCCAUUAUUGUUCUCUGAUUAGGAAAGUGAAUGUAACAUACAUGACGGCAAAAAAAAAUAUCCCAAGAGAUUAGUCAAAUAUUUUAAUUUACAAAAUAAAUCUACAUAUUUUAGACAUUACUGUCCUUAGGUUCCUUUUUGGGGUCAGUAGAGAGACAGCAGGAUCCCGGCCACCAGAAUGCCAGCAGCAGGGUGUGUGCUAGAAAGCCCCUUGCGGGCUCGCUGUGCUCAACACACUGCAGGCACGUUGGCUCGCUGCGCUCACCACACUGGGGGCACGGUGGCUCGCAGCGCUUACCAUAGGUUAUAUUCUCCCUCUAUGGGUGUCGUGGACACCCAAAGAGGGAGAAAAGCCUGUGGUGCCGGUAGUCCAGCAGCAGCAUUUCACCACUAGAUAGGAUUCUGGCACCGGAUGCUGACUAGCGGUAUUGAAACCGCUUCCCAAACUAAUGACCACAUAAGCUGCCAAUGAGAAUAAAGAUAAAGCUUCUCAAGGCUAAGGUGGUCUCUAAGAGUAGUAAAGGAAUCAUUUUUGGAAAAUAAUAUUAUAUGAUUCCCAAGCACAUAGCACAGUGAUUCCCAAGCACAGUGCAAUCUCAGGCCUUUGUCAUAGAAAAAAGACAAGGUGACCCAACAGGUUUACAACUAACCACAUUUAGAAACCAGAUCGAGGCCCAAGCUAGGUAAACAAACAGUUUUGUUCUUGCAAAUAAUUUCUUUCAUAGAUUCUAUUUUGCAUAUAUUAUUUCUUUACUUGAAAAACUGCAUUGAAUACAGUCAAAUAAUAUUUACAGACCUUUAAAUGUAAUAAUGCGGUGUACAGAAGAUGAAAGAUUUAAAAGGGUUAAAACUCUCAUGCUAUAAAAAAAACAUACAUUUGAUAAAACCAGUGGCCAGUCACUGAAUAGAUUGGAGACAAUGGCUGGCCAUCCUGAACGGGAAUGGGUGGCUGAUGAAUGGUGGGUGGAGCUGAAGAGUGCAUUAAAUAGAAUGUUGAUUUUUUUUCCUACAUGUAGCAGUUCAACCCCUUUAGAUAUAAUCUGCUAUAUUUAUGCAAUUAUAGCACUACAAAUAACAUUUAACAUUGACAUGUUACAUGCAUACAGUGAAGGCAUAGAUUUCUAGCAAUUUGCUAGGCAGGGAUCAUUGGGAUGCAGUCAAAUACAGCCGGACGGAAUCCCAAACUCUGCAGGAUAUCCCACUCAGUUGGGGGGUUCACGCCACCAACCAAGUGGGAAUAUAACCUGUGGCGAUCGAAGCGAGCUACCAGGCCUGAAGCACAGCAAGCGCAGGGUACUCGGUGCCUCACUGUUGGGAUUCCGACAGACGGGUUGCUGCUGUCGGUAUACUAUCAGCUGUCAUCCCAUCUGUCGGUAAAACAUACCAAUUACCUGUCAUUGACUUCCCACAUUUUCCUGAGACCUGACUUCUUCAUGAGCAGUGCUUACUUUGUGGAUACAAAAAAACAGAGGAACCUAAAAAGUAGACUUGGCACAUGCUGAAUGCUAGAGAAGAUUAACAUUAUUUUUAUGCAUUAAAGAUUUUAGGGCCAACAGAUGUGUCAAGGCUCCUUUCCUGUGCACAAACGGUUCAUGAGGGACUGUUUUAUAAUGAAUUGAGACUGUAGCCCUAACAAAAUGGAUGCUGCACUGUGUAGAGUUGACAAAUCCACUUAAACCAUUUAUAGUUGAUGUGCUCAACAUUUAAUAGAACACUUCAAAUGUUUGUUCUGCUAAAAUUAUCCUGCAUCAAAAUAACAGCAAUUUUCACUUCUUGAAAUUUGAAGUCACUAACAAAAUCUUAAAAAAAAAAGUCUUACACGUGUUCGUUAUGUGGAGAUAAUUAUUUAAUGCAGCUAUAUGUGUACAGUAUUUGCUUUGGCACUCGAUUCAUUGGUUUUUUUUUAAUAGUAGAUCUUGACAAUUACCAAGGCAAUAGUUCCCCCUAGAGGCCAAUACAAAAAUUACAUCCAUUAUUUUCAAAUAGGUUUUUUUUUUUUUGCACUGAUGAAAACCUUGUGAAAGUGGUCUCUUUCCAGAAAUGACCACAACCAAAUUAAUCUAUAAUAUAGAUUCAAAAUAAAUGAAUUCUUUGAACCCCAAUUCAGUAGAAAUGUUAAUCAGUGAGGUGGUUAUUUUAUACUGCAUAAAGUAUAAAUAGAACAGGAAAAUAACUUAUUUUAAUG